UCACGUGCUUGUGAAGUGAUUGACCACUCACGACUCACAUCAUGGCCGCCAUCGAUCCCAGAGUCGCCCAAGUACUGGACAGUCGACGGACAGAGCACGACUCAGAUGAUGAAGACGCGCUGAUUGCAGAGCUCGAAGAGGACGACGAUGGAGCCUUUUCCGCCCUUCGAGAGAAACGCCUCGAACAACUCCACGCCGAAGUCUCCCGUGCCAAACUCAUGAAGGAGACGCUCCACGGCACAUACAUGGAGAUCAAGGACGAAAGGCAACUCAUGGACAUUACCACCUCAACAAAGCUCUGCGUGGUACAUUUCAUGAAACCCGACUUCAACCGCUGCCGCAUCAUGGAUGAGAAAUUAAAAGUCCUGGCCGAAAAGCAUUUCGACACACGUUUUGUCAACAUCAAUGUCGAGAAUGCGCCAUUCCUGGUCGUCAAGCUGAAUGUCAAAGUCUUGCCUUGUGUCCUCACCUUCAAGGACGGUGUCAGCUCGGACCGAAUAAUUGGAUUCGAAGGCAUUGGCUGGAAACCGGACUCUUUCACAACCAGCGAGCUGGAGGCUCGACUGCUGGCUAGUGGCGUCCUUUUGCGGCCGAAGAUGACCGACGAC